UAAUAUUGAAAUUUUUUUAAUAGUGACUAUUAAAUAGUCUAUAAGAAAGUAGCUAGUUUUAAAAACUACUUAAGCUUUAAAGAUUUGAAUUGCUUCUCGAUUGCUGAAAAAGCUCCUGACCACAUUCAAAACCCUAUCAAACCAUGCAACAUAUUGUAACGGCACUUUUUUCUUUCUUUUCAAAAAACUAAACCAUUGGUUAAGAAAUAACCCAGUUGUAAUCAAUAACAAAAUAAAAAAUUAGCAAAUAUGGUCUCAAUUAAAACUUUCUUAAUAAUGGACAAAAAAUAUAAAUAUAAAAUAUACACAAGGAAGAGAAAUCGCGUCGUUUUAAAUUCGUUUCCUAAAUUUAUAAAAACGCGUUACAUUAACUAAAAUCUUUGAUUUGAAUUAAAUCACACAAUUAUCUCUUUUCUAAAAACACACACUAACAUAAUCUAAUCCCUCUAUAUAUGAACCUCUUCAUUAAACCGAACCAUUCGUAUUCUGAAAUCUCUGUUUUUUUUUUUUAAUUUAAUUUAUCUCUCUGGCAAAUCGUCGAACACUUAUGGGGUCCAAACAACCAUACCUAAACGGAGCGUACUACGGCCCAUCGAUUCCUCCUCCGCCGCCGCCCAAAUCUCACCGCAGAUCAUACGACUCGCCUGGAAUCGGAUGCUGUUGCUUCAGCUGCAUCGGAAACUGCAUCGGAAGCUGUCUACGCUGCUGCGGUUGCUGUAUCCUAAGCCUGAUCUGCAACAUCCUCAUAGCUGUAAGCGUGAUCCUCGGAAUCACCGCUUUUAUCCUCUGGCUCAUCUUCCGUCCCAACGCCGUCAAAUUCUACGUCUCCGACGCUAACCUAAACCAGUUCAGCCUCGAUCCAAACAACAAUCUACAUUACAGUCUCGAUCUCAAUUUCACAAUCCGUAACCCUAACCAACGAGUGGGGGUCUAUUACGAUGAGAUCUCGAUUUCUGGAUACUACGGAGACCAGAGGUUCGGAACUGUGAACGCGACGUCGUUUUAUCAAGGGCAUAAGAACACGACGGUGGUCGUAGCGAAAAUGGAAGGACAGAAUCUGGUGGUGCUUGGAGACGGAGCGAGGACGGAUCUGAAGGAAGAUGAGAAAUCUGGGAUUUAUCGGAUCGGUGCUAAGUUGAGGCUAAGUGUUAGGUUUAAGUUUUGGUUUGUUAAAUCGUGGAAGCUUAAACCGAAGAUUAAGUGUGAUGAUCUUAAGAUACCUCUUGUUGGUGGUUCCUCUAAUUCGUCCGGAGGGUUUAAGUUUCAGCCAGUGGAGUGUGGCUUUGACUUAUCCUAGUCAACUCUCCUAGUUUUAUGAUUUCUUUAUUUUCGUAGUCUUUUUUGCAUUAGAAGAAUAUUAUGUUUUCUUUGAUUAGUUCAUAUGGAUUAAUGAAUUUUUAUGUGGUGGUCUUGGAGUUGGAAGAUAUAUUUUGUGUUCUUAGUUCCUUACUCA